AUGCUGUUUAAUGUGAGGAGCUUUGUCAGCAUUGCAAAACUAACAGAGACCAGGAAGCAGCUGCUGCGACAGUUCUGGUAUGGGCGACCAGCUCAAAUGAAUGUUCAUCUGAAAGGCCAGGACCUCCUUACUCUACAGAACUACACAGCAGAUGAGCUGAAGUAUUUGCUGUGGAUGGCCUCAGAUUUGAAACAAAGGAUAAAGUACAAAGGAGAGUAUUUACCUUUGAUGCAAGGAAAAUCUUUGGCCAUGAUUUUUGAGAAGAGAAGCACGAGAACAAGAUUAUCUGCAGAAACAGGAUUUGCUCUCCUUGGAGGACAUCCUUCCUUCCUUACAACACAAGACAUACAUCUGGGCACUAAUGAGAGUCUCACAGAUACAGUGAGGGUGCUGUCCAGCAUGACAAAUGCAAUCUUGGCUCGAGUUUAUAAGCAUAAUGAUCUGGACCUAAUGGCAAAAGAAUCCACGAUCCCAAUAAUCAAUGGACUGUCCGACUUAUAUCAUCCUCUCCAGAUUUUAGCUGAUUACCUAACCCUUCAGGAGCACUAUGGUGGGCUGAAUGGACUCACUAUCACCUGGAUUGGGGAUGGAAACAAUGUCCUCCACUCCAUCAUGACAAGUGCUGCAAAGCUGGGAAUGCACCUGCAUAUUGCCACUCCCAAGUAUGGUACCAAGUUUCUUCUGACAACAGAUCCUUUAGAAGCUGCAGACAAUGCUAAUGUCUUAGUUACAGACACGUGGAUAAGUAUGGGACAAGAAGAGGAAAAGAAAGAAAGACUAAAGGCCUUUCAAGGUUAUCAAAUUACAAUGCAGACUGCAAAAUCUGCUGCUUCCAACUGGACUUUUUUACAUUGUUUACCCAGAAAACCUGAAGAAGUUGAUGAUGAAGUAUUUUAUUCCCCACGAUCACUGGUUUUCCAGGAGGCUGAAAACAGAAAAUGGACAAUUAUGGCUGUCAUGGUUUCCCUGCUGACAGAUUACUCACCACAGCUACAAAAACCUACAUUUUGAUGCUUGGAUUCCUACCAGGAGAAAAA